AUGGUGGACCACGAAAAGGAAGUUGAGGCUGGGACCUCAACAGUCCUUUCGGCGACGGCAUCGUCGGACCGCGAUGAAAACUAUGACUUCUAUCAGCAAAAUCGCGGACUCGAGUAUACCCCAGAAGAAGCGAAGAAGACUUUGCGGAAAAUUGACAAACGGCUGGUUCCAUUGCUCUUCAUAAUCUACAUGAUUCAGUAUCUGGAUAAAAACAGCAUCAACUUCGCCUCUGUCUACGGGCUCAAACAGGGAACCCAUCUCCAAGGGCAAGAUUACUCGUGGUUGAGUUCCAUCUUCUAUUUCGGCUAUCUGAUUGCUCAGUGGCCAGCUGGGUUGGCUUUCCAAAAGCUUCCGAUCGGAAAAUUUCUCGGUAUCACAACGAUAGUGUGGGGCGGUUUACUCAUGACCACACCGGCAUGUCACAACUUCGCGGGUAUUGCCAUCAACCGCUUUCUCCUCGGCCUUGUGGAGGCUGUCGUUAACCCGGGCUUUGUCCUCAUGAUGAGUAUGUGGUAUACGACUCGUGAGCAGCCAUUGCGCCUGGAAUCUUAUUACUGCACCAAUGGCAUUGCAACGAUGUUUGGAGGACUUAUUGGCUACGCUGUUGGCCAUAUCAACACCGGUCUGCCGAAGUGGAUGUACGUUUUCCUCAUUUUCGGUGCUUUCUCCGUCGUCACCGGUGUCUUUGCACUGUGGCUACUUCCCGACUUGCCAUCAACUGCCAAAUUCCUCUCUGAGCGUGAACGUGCAAUCGCUGUCGAUCGUGUCGCAAUUAAUCGACAGGGUGUCAAAAGCCACAAGUUCAAGUGGUACCAAGUCUGGCAAGCCGCGCGAGAUCCCAAGACGUGGUUGCUUUUCAUCAUGGCGGUGGGGGCCCAGGUGCCUAAUUCGGCAUUAACAAGUUUUACCUCCAUUAUUGUCGGCACCUUUGGCUUCGAUACCCUCGGCACACAGUACCUCCAGAUCCCCGGCGGCGCAGUCAACUUCCUCACUCUGUUGAUUGGAGGGUGGAUUGCAACGAAGUAUGCGGACAGAAUCCAUUCGCGAAGUGCAUGCAUGAUCGUCGCGAAUCUUACUUGCAUUCUGGGGGCGGGGUUGCUCGUCGGACUACCAUCCACAAAUAAAUGGGGCCGCCUUGUAGCACUGUGGUUGUGUUACUUUCAGGGCCUGGGCUUCAGCAUGAGUCUGACGAUCAUAAGUUCCAAUAUCGCUGGCUAUACGAAGAAGCAGGUUACUGGCGCCUUACUUUUUACUGGAUACUGUGUCGGCAAUAUUAUUGGGCCUCAGACGUUCAAGGAGAGUGAAGCGCCGGGGUAUCACAGUGCUUAUAUUGCAAUGCUCGCUGGAUAUGCGGUCAAGACUGUGUCUAUCGUAGCGUUGUACUUGUAUAUGUACCUCGAAAACAAGCGACGGGAUCGCGCGGCGCUUGAAAAUCAGGAAUCGGAGGGCGAUGGUGUUGAGAAUGGGAUGCUAGAUCAAACCGAGAUUGAUAACAAAGCCUUCCGCUACGUUCUUUAA